AUGCUAACCAUAACCACACAGAGGAAGGAUGCCGAGGUGAAAAAGGUGUCUGGUUUGUUGCAGGCAGAAGAAGGAAUCAGAUUAACCAGCAUAUACCAGAUCAGAACACAGCAGAUUAACCAGAAUAAACCAGAUCAUCUUCACCAGCUCCAGCACAGUCCUCGUUGUCCAGCGUAA